UACACAAAACAACACUAGCUUUUAAAAACAAAAAAGAAAUAAAAAAAAACGGACACACACUCUUACACAUACGAACACAUUUAACAAAACAAGCGUGCAUAAAUCAAGAAGCUAAAAAAAACUGCAACUCAACUGCAAUCAAUAAUCUAGAGCGACCGCCCAAAGAGCACGUGCUGCAUACAUUUGGGCCCCCACUCAGCCUGCUAAAAGCAACGACUAGAUAAAAAACAACUGGAACAAAACGGAAACAGAAACGGCUCCAGAUCACAACAAACCGCAAUAACUGAAUUCAUAUAUUACCUUUUCUUUUAAUUAGUUUACCGAGCAUAAGUGAACAAAUUGGAGUAGCAGAUAAAUAAAUCAAUUGGGUAAGUCGAGAAGACGCACCACCUACGAGGACAACUAUGGGACAAACCUUGUCCGAGCCGGUGACUGCCAAAGAGUCAUCGUAUUGCCAGAAUUCGGUGUACCGAGUGGGCUCUAGUUGCAUGCAGGGAUGGCGCAUCAAUAUGGAAGAUUCACACACACAUAUACUGUCGCUGCCCGAUGAUCCCGGCACAGCCUUUUUUGCCGUUUUUGAUGGCCAUGGUGGGGCCACAGUGGCACAAUAUGCGGGCAAACAUUUGCACAAAUUUAUACUUAAACGACCCGAGUACAACGACAAUGACAUAGAAAAGGCCCUCAAACAGGGCUUUUUGGACAUUGAUUAUGAAAUGCUGCACAAUGAGUCAUGGGGCGAACAAAUGGCUGGAUCUACAGCUGUUGUAGUGUUGGUCAAGGAUAAUAUAUUGUAUUGUGCUAACGCUGGCGACUCGCGGGCAAUUGCCUGUGUGAAUGGCCAAUUAGAGGUACUUUCAAUGGACCACAAGCCGAAUAAUGAAGGCGAAUCGAAACGUAUUAUAGAGGGCGGCGGUUGGGUGGAAUUCAAUCGAGUUAAUGGUAAUCUCGCCCUCUCCCGUGCCCUUGGGGACUUUGUCUUUAAGCGAGCAAACAAAAAGCCGGAAGAUCAAAUCGUGACAGCUUACCCGGAUGUGGAAACACGGAAUAUCUCAGACGAUUGGGAAUUUAUCGUUUUGGCUUGCGAUGGCAUUUGGGAUGUGAUGACUAAUGCGGAAGUUUUGGAAUUCUGCCGUACUCGCAUCGGUCUGGGCAUGUAUCCGGAGGAGAUAUGCGAGGAGCUGAUGAAUCAUUGUUUGGCGCCCGAUUGCCAAAUGGGCGGCCUGGGCGGUGAUAAUAUGACAGUUGUAUUGGUUUGCCUGCUGCAUGAUAAACCCUACAGUGAUUUAAUUACCCGCUGUAAUCGUAGUAAUUUUGCGUCCUACGAAAACGAUGCCACAAAGCCUAAUCCGAACACCAGCCCAAAGUCAAAUCUAAAUGAUAAUGAUAAGCAGAUGAGCAACAACACGGAAACAACAUCAGCAGCAGUAACAUUAGCCAAUCUUCAGCCCAACUCAAACUCGAGUCCUAGUCCCCCCCACUCUCACCUGUCGGAGGAUAAGUCACAGGCAAAACAGUCACAACAAGAUCAUGUAGAUCCAAUGCUGGCAACAACCGAAUUGCACUUGAAUUAUAUUUACUAGCCUUAUAUAUAUGUGUAUACUAUAUAUGUAUGUAAGUACUAUAAUACGUAUUUGGAAAUACCAAUUUUAGGCGAACUUUAUAUAUAUAUACAUAUACAUAAAAUACUUAAUGCUUACGAUCGCUACACCUGCGAAUCGUCAAAGUUGGAGGUGGAAUCUAUGUGUGGUGUGUUCUCUGGUUAAGUUUUUAUACUUCUUCAACCAACAACAACUUGUACAAUCCUUAUAAAUCGUUUUGACCCACUCAAACUUUUAAUUUUUCUACUUGUUUUGCAGCCCUAAAAGGGCCUAAUAUGAUUUAUUUUUUAUAUAUUUAUAUACCUUCCAUAUAUACUGUGUUUUUUUGUGAUUGCUGUCCCCAAUGCAAAUAAAAAUUGUAUUACUCGUUUAGUAUUUGAUGUAAGAAAAUGGAGAACAAAAGCUUUGGUGUUGAUCUUUUAAGCAAUUAAAAAAAAAAAAAAAAAAAAAA